CAAAUUUGUAUGUACAUAUGAUACAUCUCUUUUCCUUUUGUGCCUCUUCUGUUUAGUUUGCUCGGGUCAAAGGCACAAAUUAUUCCAAAUUCGUCACGCCUUACGUCAGCAAUAUGUUAUGGGCUAGAAUUUGAGGACUUUUAAACGGACCGAGUGACCACAUCACGGAAGAAUGGUGCGCGUGAUUUCCGUACACCACUUUGUGAGCCAGGAGAUCCAACCUGUGGAUGAACCCCUGGCCGUUGCCUCAGCCACACCUGACAAACUGCUGGUGGCGUUGCCCAUUCACGCGGUGGAAGUGCGCGACCUCCGCAAGGGUGCCCUCCCCACUCACUGCUUUCCAACCGUGGAUGAAGUGAGGUUCCUAACACACUGCACCCAAGGAAACUUUGUAGCAACUUUGGAAAGCAAGAAGAGCAGACAGGGCAAUGAGGCUGUGCACGCUAGGAUUUACGUCAACUGGGACACGCCGAGUAAAAUGGAAGGGAUGAGGGCACGCAUUGCAGGGCGGGUCACCCCGAGCAGCAGCCAGUCUGGCGUUGCCAACCUUGAGAUGAUCGAGCUGCCUGUCAAGAGGACACCUAAUAAUCUAGCCUGUUGCCAGGUUACGGGAAACGUGAUAAUCAGCUGUCACAUGACAGUGACCUUAUUCAGGUUCAGUAUCGAGACGCAUGACAUUUCGAAGCUCAAGUUCAUCGACUUUGAAGAGCAUUUCAGCCUUGACUUGAGUUUCUGCCCAAGUAUCAUCUGUCUGAAUGAGGAUGUGAUUUCCUGCAGUUCUAAAGAGAAUCUGCAAGUGAUUCGAGUAGUUAUAACAGACCCCAGUAAAGUAGAAGAGAAGAAGAUUAAUAGAAACCGAAGCAAGAGCGUGGACAUCAGUGCUAAGAAGAACGCAAUUAAAAGGCAGACUUCACCAGUGCGCCUCUCUGAAAUCGUUGCCGAUGCCUCCUCCUUGAGGGAGAAGCUCCACCCUGAUUCUUUUCCGGUGACGUUGCAGCUGCCUUCGAUCAUCGAAGGAAACAAAAAUCUCUCCUGCAACCAGCUUUUGAAUUUGACAAAUAAGGUGGGCCCAUUUCGUGACGCGAAAAAUGACCUGAACGUCAAGCUUUCAUUUAUAUCAAACAAAGAUCUGAGCGCAAAAAUUACCAAAAUCCUCAGCCUGCAGCUUCACGAGUGCAGCCAAACUAUCAAGGAUGAAUUUAAGUGCAUGCAGGUGUUGCCGAUGUAUACAGACAGCGAGAAGCCCAAUCAAGAUGUGACAAAUCAUUCCUCUUUUUGUUCCAACCACGCAAGCCAGUUAAUUGCCUUGGCAGUUGCAGUAACUACCCUCCAGGAAGGUUACAUUUACCACAUUAAUUACAGAGCUGUGGCAUCGGGAAUACAGAAAGAUGCAAUUUCUGGGCCAACACUUUAUUCAUUUACAGCUCCGAUUUCUUGCUUGGCAUUAGAAAGAUCCAUUCUUCAUGCUUUGACGGACACCGGCCUCGAGUCGUACACUGGACGGGCUGGACACCAUUUUCUUAGGAACUUGGGGAAAGGGAAAUCAGAUGAUUUCAGUUCUAAUUAUCCCUCAAUGGAGGAUCCAGUUUGCCUGGUGGGUCUGCGCCCGUUUUUUAGCGUCGAACACAUCCUGCUGACAGAAAACUACCUUUGUUUGCUAGCUUGCUCUGACCCCUCAAGUUCAUCUAGUCAAGACUCUCAGAAUGGCUCGAACUGGACGAUUUAUUCUUUAAAAGUGCCGAGCAGCUCUGACUUGUACCAGGACAUGCUGCAGCUGGCCAACAUCCACCGAGGCAGCGCACCCUCCACUUACCUGCACUUGCUAACUGAGGCACACACGGUGCUUGGCACGGCCAGACAGUGUCUGAAUUGGCGGCUGGACAGUGUCUCGCAGGGCAGCGUGGUCGUUGCCGUGCCAGGCUGGGAGGCCAGCCCAGAAGCUAACAGGAGGCUCGAGCGCUGCUUCAAAGAGUCCUGCGCCCUUCUUGGAGACUUCUACAUUAUGGGAGAGGACGAAUCUCAGUGGAAACUGGCCAAGCCUUUCUACGACAUGAGUGGCCUGAAUCCAGAACUGGUAGUGGACCGCUUUCUGCGGAUAGAGGACACAACUGGCGAGAUCCCGAUGUUCGACGAGGAGCCGAAGGAACGCAGCUACAAGGGCCUCAUGUACUUUCUGAAGGGAGAGCUACCACGGAACAACAAGUCGGCUGACGAUGAGACUAUCAACGUGGAAUUCGCCUCGCGGCUUCUGGAGCUAUUCGAGAGGCACGAUCCUGCGUCUAUCUCGGCGCUGAUCCUGAGCUCGGUGACUCUGCGGCAGCACUGCAUCGACAGGGUGCUGCAAGUGAUGAAGAAGAGACUGCUCGUCAAAGGUGCCAGCAGCAGCCUCUCCUCCCAGGAGAGUCUCAACACGUGUACCUCUGGUGGGGAUCCGUUUGAUGCCUUGGCGUUGGUGCUGCUCUGCCUGCAAAAGGGAUCGAUGGAUCAAGCGAGGACGGUGCUCUCCUCCCUUGUUGACCCGCAAGAGCUAGUCAAAGCACUAGAGGAGUACCACGGACUGCUCUUCACGUCUGUGGACGUUAAAAAUAAGGAAGUGGCCUUGGGCUUCACCGAACUAUCUCUUUUGAUCGCCGAAAUCCUGCCUGAAUCUCUGGCUUCUGUUUUGACCAACCUGACGCUGAAUCCAACUCUGGCGCAUCAGCUGCCCACCAAACCUACCCUCAUCGGUCUGACCAGAGCCUUUUUGAUGACACCAUGUGGCUACUCACAUCCUGGCGCCCCCUCAGCUAACGCCACCAAAGUUUUGCGCAUCUACCUUGAAUCUUUCCUCUCGGAACUUCCCAACAACUAUCCAUCGGUUGAGGUUUCUGAGGGGACCUGCAUUCUCACUCGCUCCUACCUGGCCUGCUUGAUCGAUAAAAAUUUCCACAAGAAGUUUGAAGCCAGCGAGGACUAUGAAGAGCCUUUUGGAAAGCGAUUUGACUAUCUGGAAAUGCUGCCUCCAUUUCACGUUGACAAGUCUUGGUACGCUUUGCAGCAGGUCCCCGUCCCUUUAGAGCUAGAAGAAAAGCAACUUGCUUAUGAUAUGCUUAUAAAACUACAGUCGCUCCUCUGUUCCACUAAACUGGGCCAGAACAGCUGCUUCGAAGUGUUGCAGUUCUUGCAAUCGCAUCCUCACGUAACUGGAGCUCUGUCGCUGAAAACCCUGUGCGUGUCGCCAAAGGAAACAGUCACACUGCUUAUUGAGCACAGCCCCAACUGUCUGCUGGCUUUUGCCAAGGAAAGAUUCAGCCAAGACAAUGAAUGGAAGUAUUUAGUGUCAUCGUUGCACAAGAAGGUUGAACAGAUGAACAGCGACUCAGCCGUCCGAUUUCUUUAUUCAAAAAUAUUCACAGAUGCCCUGAAUCAUUUGGUGCAUCUGAUGUCGGUGGAAGAGUUCAUACGGAUCCUGCCUGGUGGAGAAAUGGCCUGCGAAAGUCCCGUCUUCAAGCCAUUUGUCAAAGCUUGUGAAAACGUGCAGAGCGCAAAUUAUUUGAAGUCGCUGAUCAUGGAGACAGGAGACGCGCUUCUUACAACUCUAGAUUUGAACUAGUCCAACCUCAUAUUUUCCAAUACUCUAGAAGUGACCACAAUCAAACAUUUGAUUCUCAAAUGAUAUUAUGCUUCACACUAAAUCAAAUAGAGUUUUAUUAUUGCUUCUUGCACUCCAUGACAGCCAUUCUUUGAUUUUUUCAGCUUGAUUAAAAAUCAGUGGCUUUUGCAGAUGGUUGAAAUGGGAAUCAUAUUUGAAAAAAUAUAGUGCCUGUUGAUGUUUAAAAAUAUUAAAAUAGUGUUAAAUAUCUUGAGUCUGCAGCUUUUGCCAUUCGAAUUUUUUGGAAUGAAUAAUGUUACCAUAUUUCAUGUUGUCCCCAUUCUGUCAUUUACGAUUAAAAGAUAAAUGAAAUUCUUUUUCUUUUUAUUCAAAC